CCGCCGCGGCCGAGCCGGGAGGAGGAAGGAAGGAAGAGCGGCUCCCCGCACACAGCAGGCGCAAGAUGGCGGCUCCCAGGGCGGCGUGAAGGCGCCUGGCGUCCGGCAGCCGCUUCCCGCCCCCUCCGGACAGCAAGAGGGGCCAUGGCAGUGGCCUUGCCCCCGGCCCCCAGCGGCCCCACGCUCCUGCAGCCCCGCUGGAAGCGGGUGGUGGGCUGGUCGGGCCCCGUGCCCCGGCCCCGCCACGGGCACCGCGCUGUGGCCAUCAAGGAGCUGAUCGUCGUCUUCGGGGGCGGGAACGAGGGCAUUGUCGAUGAGCUGCACGUCUACAACACAGCCACCAACCAGUGGUUCAUCCCGGCCGUGCGGGGCGACAUCCCUCCCGGCUGCGCCGCCUACGGCUUCGUGUGUGACGGCACCCGGCUGCUGGUCUUCGGGGGCAUGGUGGAGUACGGCAAGUACAGCAGCGACCUCUACGAGCUGCAGGCCAGCCGCUGGGAGUGGAAGAGACUCAAGGCCAAGACCCCCAAGAACGGGCCGCCCCCCUGCCCCCGCCUGGGUCACAGCUUCUCGCUUGUGGGCAACAAGUGCUACUUGUUUGGGGGGCUGGCAAAUGACAGCGAGGACCCCAAGAACAACAUUCCCAGGUACCUGAAUGACUUGUACAUCCUGGAGCUGCGCCCGGGCUCCGGCGUGGUGGCCUGGGACAUCCCCAUCACGUACGGGGUGCUGCCCCCGCCCCGCGAGUCCCACACCGCCGUGGUGUACACCGAGAGGGACAACAAGAAAUCCAAGCUCGUCAUCUACGGGGGCAUGAGCGGCUGCCGCCUCGGCGACCUCUGGACGCUGGACAUCGAGACCCUGACGUGGAACAAGCCGAGCCUGAGUGGGGUGGCGCCCCUCCCCCGCAGCCUGCACUCCGCCACCACCAUUGGCAACAAGAUGUACGUCUUCGGGGGCUGGGUGCCCCUCGUCAUGGACGACGUCAAAGUGGCCACGCAUGAGAAGGAGUGGAAGUGCACUAACACGCUGGCCUGCCUCAACCUGGACUCCAUGGCCUGGGAGCCCAUCCUCAUGGACACGCUGGAGGACAACGUCCCGCGGGCCCGGGCGGGGCACUGCGCCGUCUCCAUCCACAGCCGGCUCUACAUCUGGAGCGGCCGCGACGGCUACCGCAAGGCCUGGAACAACCAGGUGUGCUGCAAGGACCUCUGGUACCUGGAGACGGAGAAGCCCCCGGCCCCCUCCCGGGUGCAGCUGGUUCGGGCCAACACCAACUCGCUGGAGGUGAGCUGGGGCUCGGUGCCCACGGCCGACACCUACCUGCUGCAGCUGCAGAAGUACGACAUCCCGGCGGCCGCCUCGCCCGCCCCCGCCCCGGUGCCCUCCGUGCCUGCCAACCCGCCCAAGAGCCCCGCCCCGGCCGCUGCCGCGCCCGCCCCGCCCGCCAGCCAGCCCCUGGCGCAGAUGGGCAUCACUCUGCUGCCCCAGGCCGCCGCCCCCACGCCCACCACCACCAUCCAGCUGCUGCCCUCCGUGCCCGGCACGCCCCUGCCCGUGGCCAGCCCCGCACGCACGCAGGGUGUCCCGGCCGUGCUGAAGGUGACAGGCCCCCAGGCGCCCCCAGGGCCCCCCCUGGUGACGGUGCGCUCAGCUGGACAGGCGGGCAAGGCCCCGGUGACGGUGACCUCGCUGCCGGCCGGCGUGCGCAUGGUGGUGCCCACGCAGAGCACGCAGGGCACGGUGAUCGGCAGCAGCCCCCAGAUGAGCGGCAUGGCCGCCCUGGCGGCCGCCGCCGCCGCCACACAGAAGAUCCCCCCCUCCUCCACGCCCACCGUGCUGAGCGUGCCAGCUGGCGCCACCAUCGUCAAGACCAUGGCCGUCUCCCCGGGCACGGCCACGCUGCCCAGCACCGUCAAGGUGGCCUCCUCCCCCGUCAUGGUGAGUAACCCAGCCACACGCAUGCUGAAGACGGCGGCAGCCCAGGUGGGCACUUCAGUGUCAUCCACGACCAACGCGGCCACGCGACCGAUCAUCACUGUGCACAAGUCGGGCACGGUCACCGUGGCACAGCAGGCCCAGGUCAUGACCACCGUGGUGGGUGGCGUCACCAAGACCAUUACCCUGGUGAAGAGCCCCAUUUCCGUGCCAGGGGGCAGCGCACUGCAGAUCUCUAACCUCGGCAAAGUGAUGUCGGUCGUGCAGACCAAGCCAGUGCAGACCUCGGCCGUGACCGGCCAGGCGUCCAGCGGCCCCGUCACCCAGAUCAUCCAGACCAAGGGCCCCCUGCCAGCGGGCACCAUCCUGAAGCUAGUGACGUCAGCGGAUGGGAAGCCCACCACCAUCAUCACCACCACGCAGGCGGGCGGCACCGGCCCCAAGCCCACCAUCCUGGGCAUCAGCAGCGUCUCGCCCAGCACCACCAAGCCGGGCACCACCACCAUCAUCAAAACCAUCCCCAUGUCGGCUAUCAUCACCCAGUCCGGGGCCACGGGUGUGACCAGCAGCCCUGGGAUCAAGGCCCCCAUCACCAUCAUCACCACCAAGGUCAUGACCUCCGGCACGGGCGCCCCCGCCAAGAUCAUCACGGCAGUGCCCAAGCUGGGCACGGCCCACGGACAGCAGGGCGUCACGCAGGUGGUCCUGAAGGGUGCACCCGGCCAGCCCGGCACCAUCUUGCGCACUGUGCCCAUGGGCGGCGUGCGGCUGGUCACGCCCGUCACCGUCUCCGCGGUCAAGCCCACCGUCACCACGCUGGUGGUGAAAGGCACCACGGGUGUCACCACCUUGGGCACCGUGACAGGCACCGUCUCCACCAGCCUAGCUGGCGCAGGGGGCCACAGCACCAACGCCUCCCUGGCCACGCCCAUCACCACGCUGGGAACCAUCGCCACCCUGUCCAGCCAGGUGAUCAACCCGGCUGCCAUCACCGUCUCUGCCGCCCAGACCACCAUGACGGCCGCCAGCGGGCUGGGCACGCCCACCAUCACCAUGCAGCCCGUUUCUCAGCCCACGCAGGUGACGCUGAUCACAACGCCCAGCGGGGUGGAUGCCCAGCCAGUGCACGAUCUGCCGGUCUCCAUCCUGGCCUCGCCCACCACGGAGCAGCCCACGGCCACGGUGACUAUCGCUGACGUGGGGCAGGGCGACCCACAGCCCGGCACCGUCACCCUGGUGUGCUCCAACCCGCCCUGCGAGACCCAUGAGACCGGCACCACCAACACUGCCACUGCCACCGUCGUGGCCAACAUGGGCGGCCUGACCCAGCCUGUGCACUUUGUGUGCGAGGGCCAGGAGGCUGGGCAGCCCAACGGCGGGUUAGUGCGCGUCUGCUCCAACCCCCCGUGCGAGACGCACGAGACAGGCACCACCCACACGGCCACCACGGCCACGUCCAGCAUGGGUGCCGGACGAGUGUGCAGCAACCCCCCGUGCGAGACGCACGAGACAGGCACCACCCACACGGCCACCACGGCCAUGUCCAGCAUGGGUGCCGGACGAGUGUGCAGCAAUCCCCCGUGCGAGACGCACGAGACGGGCACCACCAACACGGCUACCACAGCCACAUCCAGCAUGGGUGCCGGACAAGUGUGCAGCAACCCCCCGUGCGAGACGCACGAGACGGGCACCACCCACACGGCCACCACGGCCACGUCCAGCAUGGGUGCCGGACGAGUGUGCAGCAACCCCCCGUGCGAGACGCACGAGACGGGCACCACCAACACGGCUACCACAGCCACAUCCAGCAUGGGCUCCAGACGAAUGUGCAGCAACCCCCCGUGUGAGAUGCACGAAACAGGCACCACCAACACGGCUACCACGGCCCGGUCGCUCAUGGGCCGGGUGCAGCCAGAUGGGGGCCUGGUAGCCCCACCCAACCCACCGUGCCAAACGCAGCACACCAGUGCCACCGGCACCACGAUGUCAGCAAAAGCUGGCGUGCCCACCGAGCAGCCGUGCAGUGCCAGGAUGGGAAAUCCCCCCUCGGCGGUGCCUGGUACCAACACACAAUCGCCGGCGCCAGGUGGCCGGCCCUGUGAGGCUCACCAGACCCACACCACCAACACUGCCACCACAGCCCGGUCGCUCAUGGGCCGGGGGCAGCUGGACGGUGGGCCGGGGGCAGCUGAGAGCCCCCCAUGCCAAACCCAACAGACUUGUGCCACUCAUACAACCAUGUCAGCCAAAGCAGACAUGCCUACGGAGCAGCCGUGCAGCGUGACGAUGGUUGCACCGGACACGGAGACCGGGCACCGAGCACAUGUCAAUGACUCUUGUGAGAUGGGCGCCACAACCAGGUCGAGCAUGGGCACUGGGCGAGCGUGCCCAGAGCUCCCAUCCGAGACGCACGAGACGGGCACCACCACCACAGCCACGUUGAACAUGAAUGCUGGGCGAGCGUGCAGCAACCCCCCGUGCGAGACGCACGAGACGGGCACCACCAACACGGCCACCACAUCCACAUCCAGCAUGGGUGCCGGACCAGUGUGCAGCAAUCCCCCAUGCGAGACGCACGAGACGGGCACCACCAGCACAGCUACCACGCCCGCGUCCAGCAUGGGUGCCGGGCGAGUGUGCAGCAACCCCCCGUGCGAGACACACGAGACGGGCACCACCAGCACAGCUACCACGCCCGCGUCCAGCAUGGGUGCCGGGCGAGUGUGCAGCAACCCCCCGUGCGAGACGCACGAGAGGGGCACCACCAGCACAGCUACCACGCCCCCCGGGCCCGGCUCCCCCAUCAGCACCCCCGCCGACAUCUGGAGCACGGCCUGCAUGGUACGCCCCCCAGGACCCCCCCGAGCCCCCCCAGCCGGGCCCGGCUCCCCCAUCAGCACCCCCGCCGACAUCUGGAGCACGGCCUGCAUGGCUUUUGAGCUGGCGACAGGCGACUACCUCUUCGAGCCGCACUCGGGGGACGAGUACAGCAGGGACGAAGAUCACAUCGCCCACAUGGUGGAGCUGCUCGGCGAGAUCCCCCCCCAGUUUGCGCUCUCGGGGCGCUACUCACGGGAGUACUUCACCCGGCGAGGUGAGCUGCGGCACAUCCCCAGCCUGCGGCCCUGGGCGCUGGGCGCGGUGCUGCUGGAGAAAUACGAGUGGCCCCGGGAGCAGGCGGCCACGUUCGCCCAGUUCCUGCUGCCCAUGCUGGAGUUCCUGCCCGAGCAGCGCCCCACGGCGGCCCAGUGCCUGCAGCACCCCUGGCUGGGCCCCUAGGACCCCGG